GAGGCGCGCUGGUGCGGCGGCCUCCGCGUGGGCUUCACGCGCCUCGACCCCGCGCGCCUGGCCGCGCGCAGCCUGCCGCCCUUCGUGUGCCCCGACCUGGAGCUGCAGAGCCCGACGUGGGCGGCCGUGCUGCCCGAGGGCAGCGCCUUCCCGGGGAACGUGGUCUGCUUCUGGGUGAACCGCCGCGGCCGCCUCUUCGCCGAGGUCAACGCGGGCCCCCGGCUCCUGCUGCGCACCGGCGUGCUCAUGGGCGCCCCGCUCUGGGCCGUGAUGGACGUCUACGGGACCACCAAGGCCAUCCAGCUGCUGGGUGCGGCCGCCCGCCGGGACCCUUGGGGGGAGGGGAGGCUCGGGUGGUUCUCCGCCCCCAUCCUGAGCCGCGGGAAGAACCAUUCAUGCCACAACCAGCGCCUUCCCCAGAGCCCUGCCGCUGUCCCCUUUGCCCCCAUGUGCUCCCAACCUCUGUUGUCCCCUUUCCCAGCCACAGCCGGAGAGGAGUGCACUAUCUGCUUCCACCGUGCUGCCAACACCCGCUUUGUCCCCUGUGGCCACACACACUUCUGCAGCCACUGUGCCUGGCACGUCUUCAGGGACACGGCCAAGUGUCCUCUGUGUCGCUGGGAGAUCGAGGAGGUGGUCCUGGUGUGGGGCUCUUCUCUGAGUCUGCUUUGA